CGGAGGCAGAGUUACUAGAGAUCUCGCGUUCAUCAGAUCAGACACAGUUAGUGAUCACAGACACAGCAGUCUGAGGAGGGGGUGACCUAGCAACCCGAUCAUUUGUACCCCACGCACCAUGGCCGCCCGCCUUGGCCUAAGCGGCUUCCUACUGGCUAGCUUUGGCGUCUGCUUCGCGACUUUUGGACAUGAACACGUUCACAUUCGUAUCCAUAUACCUGAACCGCACCACGAGUCGAAAGAAGUAAUAGUUCAUGAGCAUCACGAUGACCACGGUGGAGGCGGCGGUGGCUACGGCGGCGGACACGGAGGCGGCCACGGGGGCGGACACGGGGGCGGACACGGCGGCGGCCACGGCAUUGAAAUCGAGAGUCUGCAUGGAGGCUUUAUCGACCAUCUAAAAGGCCACGGCGGUGGAGGCCACGGCGGAGGUCAUGGCGGAGGAUUCGGCGGAGGGCAUGGUGGAGGAUACGGCGGUGGCCACGACGGAGGAUUUGGAGGUGGUCACGGGGGAGGAUUUGACAGUGGCCAUGGUGGAGGAUUUGGAGGUGGCCACGACCACGGUGGCGGCCACGAUUUUGGAGGCGGACAUGGCGGCGGAAGUUUUGAUUUAGGAGGCCACGAUAGCGGGCACGGUGGUGAUCACGGCGGUUUCGGCGGUGGCUUCGGAGGUGGUCACGGCGGCUUUGGAGGCGGCCAUGAUCAUGGUGGCGGCCAUGAUCACGGUGGUGGAAGUGACUUCGGUGGAUCUUUCGGCGGCGGGCAUGGUAAUGAUUUGGGUGGCUACGGAGGCGGUCACGGAGGCAGCGGCGGUCACGAUCAUGGCGGCGGUCACGAUCAUGGCGGCGGUCACGAUCAUGGCGGCGGUCAUGAUCAUGGCGGCGGUGGCUUUGACCUUGGCAGCAGUUUCGGAGGCGGCCACGGUGGGGGACACGGAAGCAGUGGUGGUCAUGAUUUCGGUGGAAGCAUUGGCGGCGGAUUUGGAGGCGGCCACGACGACCAUCACAGUGGUGGAGGCGGUGGCUUCGGAGGCCACGGCGGAGGAAUAUCUUUAGUAAGCUCAGACAGUUAUAGCGGAAGCAGCCAUGGAUCUGAUGGCCACGGAUCGGGCGGACUGGGAAGUUUCGGAGGCAGCGGAGGAGGCCACGAUAGUUACAGUUCAGGUGGAGGAGGUGGCCAUAACAGUUACAAUUCGGGUAUUACUAGCUACGAUACUUAUCACAGCGGUGGUCACGGGGGCGGCGGAGACAGUUAUAGCUUAGGCGGAGGCUCAGGAGGCCAUGGCGGUGAUAGUCAUAGUGGUGGUUUUGGAGGCGGCCACGGAGGUGGCCAUGGAGGUAGCCACGGAGGUGGUGGCCAUGGAAGCAGCGGUGGCCACAGUAGUUUCGGAGGUGACAGCUACACAAGCGCUAUAUUCGCCGGGCACGGCGGUGGCCCUUAUCACAAAAAAUAACUUAUUCCGAUAAAUAUAGAAAAUCAACUAAGUCAUAGUCCACGGGUCUUCAUGGGCCUAACAGUACAAGCAUACUCGUCUUAACUGCCUUUGUAAAUAGCUCAUAGUUCUAAGUUAUUGUUGCUAUGUUAUAAUAUAGAGAUAUUGAAAUUGUUUAAA